GUUUUUUUUUAUUGAUUCCACCACUCAUGAAAGUAAAAGCAUUGUCCCGUUCGUCUAACGACUAUUUGCGUGAGCGAUCGCAAGAUAUUCACAAGAUCCAACGCAAUCUGGAUCCUUCGGUGCAUCCGUUUGAGCAAGGCCGAGAAUACAUUCGUGCGUUGAACUCGACGAAAUUGGAACGAUUAUUCGCCAAGCCAUUUGUUGGUGCUCUCAGCGGACACAUCGAUGGUGUUUACAGCAUGGUCAAGCAUCCCAGCCGAUUGAACUCUAUCAUUUCUGGCAGUGGUGAUGGUGAAAUUCGUAUUUGGGAGCUUUCUGAGCAGCGAACAACAUGGACCACUCGAGGUCACACGGGCAUUGUCAAUGGUGUGUGUGCUGGAUCAGGUGAAUCACAAUUCUUGUCAUGUUCCUCAGAUAAAACGGUUAAAAUUUGGAACGCUUCCGAAAGCACCGAAGCGUUGGAAACUUACAUUGGAAGAUACGCAUUUACUGGUCUGUCACAUCAUCGCAGCGAUCCUGUGUUUGCUACAUCGGGUAAUACAGUCGACGUCUGGGACGAACAUCGAUCGGAACCUAUUCACGAGUUUGCAUGGGGCGCGGAUUCCUAUCAGACUGUCAAGUUCAAUCAGGUCGAAACCAAUAUUCUGGCAAGUUGCGGUACCGAUCGCACCAUUGUCUUGUACGAUUUGAGAACGAACAAACCAUUGUCGAAGCUUGUCAUGUCCAUGAGAACUAAUGCGAUUGCGUGGAACCCUAUUGAAGCCUUUACAUUUGCGGCUGCGAAUGAAGAUCACAACGCUUAUAUUUUCGAUAUGCGAAGGAUGGAGAGCGCCAAGAACGUACUGAAAGACCACGUGUCUGCCGUCAUGGAUAUCGAUUACUCUCCUACUGGUCAAGAAGUCGUGACCGGCUCGUACGAUCGCACUCUGCGUGUCUACAAUGUACACAAAGGUCACAGUCGAGAUGUAUACCAUACAAAGCGAAUGCAAAGAAUUUUCUCUGUUCAGUUCAGUAUGGAUAGCAAAUACGUUUUAUCUGGAUCCGACGAUGGCAAUAUUCGUAUCUGGAAAGCGCAUGCAUCUGAGAAGAUGGGUGUUAAAGAUUGGCGCGAGAAGAACCAUCUCGAAUAUUCACAAAAACUCAAAGAACGAUUCUCUCAUAUGGAUGAAAUCCGAAGAAUCGAUCGUCACCGCCGUAUUCCUGGUGAUAUUAAGCGGGCAGACAAAACCAAGAAGGAGAUGCUUGCAGCACAAAAGAGAAAAGACGACAACCGACGCAAGCACAGCAAAAAGGCGGCAGAAGAAGAACGCGUAUCGGAAAGAAAGAAGGCGAUCAUUGGCGUCGCAAAGUAGACUGUUUUCAUCAUUUGUUCAUUGGCAUUUUUUUUUCCUAUAAUUCCCAAUAUGUUUUUUUACUCAUGUAACUGUAGAAUAUAUCAGCUUAUUUCAUAG